UAAGCUGUCGUCGUCUGCUCAGCUCGGGUUAGUAAAGUCCUUUGACGAUCUGCAAGCAGUGUGAGUCAAAGAGGAAGCAGACACCCGGCCGGCCAUCACUGCUGAGUUGUUUGUUUUCAGGAAGGAAGAAAAAAAAAAAACAAGACCUUUCCUGUUCUCUUUUGGAGCCUCCUGUUCCCGCUCAAAGCUUCAGAUCUUUGCAAUAACAACUGCCGUUGUGAUGGCGGACGAAGAACAAGGGGAGUCGCUGACCAGUGCGGAGAAGGAGCAGAAAAGGGAAACAAAUUACAAUCGUAAUAGAAAAGAGAUGGGAUGCUUUGAGAAGUUCCAGGAUACGAUCUCCAGGUGGAUGCUCCCAGAAGAUCUUCAGAGCCAAUACCUUAGCCAAGCCAACUGCUGUCCACCGCCGAUAUUCAUCAUUGCCGUCAGUAUAGCAGAGUUGGCAGUGUUUAUCUACUAUGCCGUGUGGAAGCCUCAAAAGCAGUGGGUGACCCUGGAUGAAGGCAUCUGGAAAAGUCCUCUCACCUACGAUCCUGACAAAAGAGAGGAAGCAUGGCGCUUCAUUUCUUACAUGUUCGUUCACGCUGGUGUGGAGCACAUUGUGGGUAACCUACUGAUGCAGCUUCUACUGGGUAUCCCACUGGAAUUGGUCCAUAAAGGAAUUGAAGUGGGUGUAGUUUACAUGGCUGGUGUCGUUGCUGGCUCUUUGGCUAGCUCCAUCUUUGAUCCUCUCAGUGCCUUGGUUGGGGCUUCCGGAGGCGUCUAUGCCCUAAUCGGAGGUUAUUUCAUGAAUGCUGUAGUGAAUUUCCGAAAGAUGAUUCCUCUUCUAGGAGUGUUUCGAAUCCUAGUCAUCGUUCUAAUUGUUGGCACAGAUUUUGGCUUUGCCUUUUACAGAAGAUUCGUCAGUCAUGAGGGAGGUUUACAGGUGUCGUUUGUGGCUCAUUUUGGAGGUAUUGUUGCUGGGAUGACCAUCGGGUACGUUUUCUUCAGCGAUUACGGCAAGGAGCUGCUACGGGACCCACGUUUCUGGAUUUGUAUAGUGGGAUAUGCUGUCUUCUUCAUCUUUGCUGUGCUCUUCAAUAUCUUCAUUUCUCCUGCAUCAUAAGACGGGAAAUGAUUUCAAAGUUUUGCUCAGGAAGGUUUUUGAGCAAAGUCUUAGUAAAUGUUAAACAAAGUCUUUGUACUCAUAUGUUUUCUAGUUUUAAAACAUGUUUUAACUUGUUUUUCUCUGUUGAUUGUUUUCUGGAUCCUACCCUCUAAGAGAAGAAAACCCAUCUUGAACAUAUUCAACUUUUUAAUCAUUUAUUUCAAUACAAAACACUUUUAAAGACGUGAUUUUCAUUUUCAAACGGUUGUUUCUUCGAUAGCAAAUAAUGUUAAUUUUAUCAACAUCGACUCUCACAUCCAGUAUUACGACAACAUCAGUAAAUGUGAUUUAUUCCAUACACAAGUCCAUUUUUUUAGACGUUUUUUAAUCAAACACUAAGAACAGGUAAUUAAGGAUGAAGAAAGAAAUUGUUUUACCUGUAUUUACCUUGUAUUUUUUUGUUUUGUUUACAUGUUAUUGUUUUAUCAUGAAGCCUAAGCUCUGCCUCAUUUCUUCUGUUGCAUCCUGUUAAAGGAACAAUUAAAUGUUCAGUAAGACAUAAAACAGAUGUUUAACACCAGCUUUUUUAA